AUGACAGCCAUGUCUGGGGACUAUGUCAAGCUGCUCAGAGGCAUCGCAGAGCAGUCUUCAUCGCUAGCACAGCGAGUGAAGGAGAUUGCCACUCUGAGCACGAGCGACGAGGAUGAGCUUGCCUAUCCCGACGGCAUCUCUCUCCUCACGGCCAAGAACGAUCUCUUGCUCGGCUACAUCCAACAGCUCGUCUUUCUCCACCUGCACACCUCCCUCGCAGGCCAGCCACUCUCGAAUCUGUCCUCCUCAGAUAAAGAGGGAGCAACCGACCUUGUAGGCAAUCUGAUCAGGACACGUUUGAUCCUAGAGAAGAUCAGACCGAUCGAGAGCAAGCUCAAGUAUCAGAUGGACAAGCUCAUCCGCAAAGCGCACACCGCUGCUGACACGAACGGAAAGUCAAACGAUCCGGCAGACCAAGAGCAUGACGAGCUGGCGCAAGAUCCCCUGGCGUUCAGACCCAAUCCAGCCGCUAUGCUGGCAAGGCAUACAGGCAGCGAUGACGGCUCGGCUGCAGAUGAAGAUGAAGAUGGCUAUACCAAUACUCACGCGCGCCCCGGCAUUCCUCGUACGGGAAUCUACAGGCCGCCCAGACUUGCUCCCGUGCCCUACUCUGAGAAACCUGGUGGCAAGGGCAAAGGACGCGCGCCUGCCACCAAUCUGCUCACCGAUCUCGCUACCUCGCUCUCGUCUAGCAACCCGUACGCAGAGACGACCUCGGGCCUGUCCAUCACGCCUACAGUGCACAAUCGUCAGGCCAAGCGGCUGGCAGAUAUGAAGCGCUACGAGGAAGACAAUAUGACGCGCUUGUUCAUGAAGAAAAAGGAUAGCAAACGACGCAGACAGGACGAAGAAGAGGUUGCUCUCGGCGGUGGCAGUGGCUCGUCGGGCAGUCGCAGAAGAGGCCACGGAGGAUUCGAGGGCGAACUCGGCGACGUCCUCGCCGCCAUCUCCACCAACGGCAAACGCAACAAACGUGCCUACGAUGAGAUGUCCGCCUCUCGCGCACCCCGCUCAAAAUCGCACAGCAGUAAACGCAGAUCUUAA